UAAAUAGCCGUGUGAGGGCGGAACUUGCUACCGAUAAUAAACCCCCCAUAGUGAAAGGUGCGUUGUUGGUGCUGUUGCAUGAUGCUGGCAAGUAGAUCAAAUAAAGGAUGUAUUAAUCAGAUGACGAUAAAUUCUCCCACCAUGAACUCCUCUACGAGAAGUGAAAGUGACUGGCAGGGAUUAGUGAGCGAGUUUCUGAUAUGCAAGCGUAAGCUGGAGAGUAAGAAGGAGGCUCUGCUGAUUCUGUCUAAAGAGCUCGACACAUGUCAGCAAGAGAGAGACCAAUACAAGCUGAUGGCCAAUCAGCUGCGUGAGAGACAUCAGGGCCUGAAGAAAAAAUACAGAGAACUUAUUGAUGGGGAUCCUACAUUACCACCAGAGAAACGCAACCAGGUUAAUUUGGCCCAGCUGCUGAGGGAUUCACGGGACAGGAGUAAGCAGUUAUCAGAGGAAGUGAAGGAGCUGAAUCAGAGACUAACUGAGGCUCAGGGUGACAACAAGCUUUUGAGAAUGACAAUCACUAAACAAAGGCUAGGGGAUGAUGAAGUUGGGGUCAGGCACUUCCCAGCCCAUGAGCGUGAAGAUCUAGUCAGGCUGUUGGAGGAAGCAGGACUGCAGAGAGAAGAGCUGGAGAACAGCCUGAAGGCAGUGAGUGAUGAAUUGGAGGAUGUAAAAGCAGAAAGGACUGUAUACAAAGAGAAAGCUGACCGCCUCAACCUCGAGCUCAACCAUGUAUUAGGUGGUGGAGGUAAACGCAUCGUAGACGUGGAUGCUCUCUGCAUGGAGAACAGGUAUUUGCAUGAAAGGCUAAAACAAAUUCAAGAAGAAGUCAGUCUACUGAAAGCAAACAUAAUGAAAUACAAGAAUGCCCUGGACCGGAGAAAGAACACGAAAACAAGUGGCAAAUCUAACACUAGUGCACUUACUGGUGUGCUCUCUGCUAAACAGGUGCAAGAUUUAUUGUCGGAGGAUAAUGGAUGUGGUCUUCCAGUCACACCUCAGUCUCUCUCUGACCUAAAGUCCCUGGCCAUGGCUCUGCUGGAAACAAUUCAUGAGAAGAACAUGGUAAUUCAGCACCAACGCCAGACUAACAGGAUUCUUGGAAACCGAGUUGCUGAGCUUGAGAAGAAAUUGAAGACUCUGGAGGUAUCUGGGCUUUGGAGUUUACCAGGUCUGACCUACAGCAUAUCAGUGGGAUUAGGGACAGGAGGUAAAGAUGCCAUUAUUUUGAGUGAGAGUCAGCGUGCCACACCUCCCUCCUCUCUUGGCCUUCCUUUACAGCCUGUGCCCAGUGACCGGUUGACUGAUUCACAGCCCCCUGCAGAUGACAGGACAGGAAGUGGUGGGUUAUUGCCAUGGGAACUGGACACAGCUGGCGAUGACAGCUUCCUGAAUGUGUGGCCUCGCUCCCGCCCCAGUCCAGAUGGAGGUGGGGAUGAGGUGGAGACACCUGUCACCUCUGAGCAAGGGGAGGAGACGCCGUCUUGCAGGCUGGAAAUCAUGAGGCACGCAGAGCAACGGCUUUGUGAUGAUGGAGCUGCGCCAGUUGCAGGGAUGCAACCAAUCGCGAAGCAGCAUCCUGUCGUAGAGGAGGGGCAAGUUGUAGAGUUGGACAGCAGCUUGACUGUGGAAGAAGGUGAAGAUGCUGCAAUGGCACUUGCUUCUCCAGUGUCUGAUGGCUCUGAUUAUUCUCCACAUCUCGGUUCCAUGCGCAUUUGUGACCAAAUCCAGAAUGAGGACUAUAUCCACCAUGAUUUUAGACAGAUUUUAAGUGUAGCUGCUGAUCCUGAAGAUGUGUUGGAAGAGAAGUUUUUAAGUUUUGCAUCUAUUUCCAAAGAGCCCACCCCAGCUUCACCUCUCACACCACGCUGGGAGCUGGACUAUCAAUCAGGAGAGACUGAUAGCUGUCACAGUGAAAGUGUGGCUUAAAUAUCGAGUACAAUUUUUUUUUUCUUAUUUAGAGCAGGAACAGAUCUUUUAGAAACUGAAAUCUCUAAAGCAAAAGUAUGUUUUGUUGCCCUGUGUGUUUCAAGCCUUAAUAUUCAUUUGGUGAACUUGGUCAGGCAUUGUCAAUAAAUACAAAUAUGAAACACGAAACACACAGGGCCUGGCUAUAAGUGAACUAAAGUGUGCACACUUAACACUUGUAUCUCAAGAUGUUUGACUGUAUGUAUAGUCUAAAUCCAGUGCAUGUAUCUGAGAUGUAUUGUGUUUUGCUCCAGUUUUACAGUUCACAGUUUUUUUCAGUUUUAUCUUUUAACUGCUGAAUUACAGUAUGCUCAAUUUUACAAUUCCAGAGUAUACAUUAUUAUUUACAAGCAACAGUUAUUCAACUUCCAUCAACAGGGAAGUACUGUGAUACAUACGUAUAUCACACCAGAGUCAAGGAAAAGGUGUCCCUAAGCCAUUUGGGAAGAAAAGAAAACUGAUUAUGUAACAAGAGCCAUAAAAUAAAAAAAUACAUGGAGUAUUUCAUUAUCCACAAACAAAAAACAGAUCCCAAAUAUUUUCUAUUUUAUAUCUUCUCUACUUCCUGUUGCCUCAGCAGGAUAUUUGUUCUUUUAAUUCCCCUUUUUCCUUGGUAUAAAAAAAUAAAAUAAAAAUAAGUCUUCCCAUUUGUCCUACAAAUGAUGCAAUUUUCUUCACACGGAUUGUGCACAUUUGAAUGAACAGAUGAUUCACAAACGAUAUCAAAAUGUUUCAAAUCAUGAUGGUAUUGCUGUUUACACAAUGGCUAAUUAUAUACUGAUUUAAGCGUUUACAAA